AAGAGAGGCGGUGGUGAACCAUCAGAGUCUCAUCAUGAAAGUCCGUCACACUUUGAUCGUCUUCUUCUUCCUCUAUCUGCAGGAUGGAAACAACGGUCUGGUCAAAGCCCAAGUCUAUUCAGGAGCUGAAGGAGGAGAUGUCAGAGUUAAAUGUCCGUCUUCUUCGUUUGGAAGCAGGAAGAUCUUCUGUAAGGAACCGUGUGAACAAGAAGACAUUCUCAUUGAAAGAAAGAAAUUCAAAGAUCAGAAAGGCAGAUACAGCAUUAAAUGGAUGAGGGGAAGUAGAGAUGUUUAUGCGACCAUCAAACAGCUGACCAAGUCUGACUCAGGACUGUACAGGUGUGUUUCUAGAUCUUCAUCACAGCGGAUUGAAGUCAUCGUUGUAGAUGCUCUGCUGGAUGGAGAUCCUUCUGAAGAAAAAACCCUCUAUUCAAGAACUGGAGGAAAUGUCUUAGUUGAAUGUUUCUUUGAUACCUCUAGAUCCAGAACAUACUUCUGUAAGGGAGAAUGUAAAGAUGAAGACAUUCUUGUAGAAACAACUGAUUUCACAGCUCAGAGAGACAGAUACAGCAUCAGAUAUGUACCAGGAGAUCCAUCAGGAGUAUUUCUGUAUGUGGGCAUCAAACAGCUGACCAUGUCUGACUCUGGACGGUACCGGUGUGGUCUGGACAGGCGUCUGUUUACAGAUCCUUACCAUGAGUUUAAGAUCGUUGUCACAGAUGUCCCAUCAGCCUCCACAGCAACAACGACUCAGAGUUUAAACUCCACUUCAGGAAGCUCCAGACCUUCAUCAGAUUCCCCUAUAACCAUCGAGCAGUCUGAGAUGGCGACGAAAACUAGAGAUGUGCUGCUGUAUGUGGGUCUGGCUCUGGUCGUCAUGGUGAUGUUAUCACUGUCUGUGCUGUUGUUCUGCAGGAAGCAGACUUCUAAACACAAAGAACCUCCUUUGGAAACACAGUAUGCUGAUGUAACAGAGACCAACCGAGUGUACGAGGACAUCAGAGAGGACGGACAGAGCCGCUCUCCUCCUGUGGAAAUGUCUUCAGUUUACUCUUACGCCAAAUAUACCGAACCAAACGGAGCUGAAAUCAACGACGACUACAGCCUCAUCACUGCAGCUAAUUCACAAAAUACAGCUGAAGACGUCUCCAGUGGACUCACCUACUCUGAGGUGAAUUUUUCAAAGCAGUCCGUUGGCUCGUCCAGCAGCUCCGUCCGUGGUGACGAUAAUGUCGUCUACUCGGUUCCUCGGGUAGAAACGCUCCACGAGGAAGAUGAUCCGUACUCUACUGUUAGUGCAGAGCUGCAGGGAUGACGUAUUAUUGUAGUCCAACUGGAAGUUAGCAUCUCUGGAUCCCCUCCACAAAAAGCCAAUGGGAUUCUUCUAUUAGAGUUUGGAUUAAAGCAGAAAAUAAACUCUGUGGCAGACAAACGUUUAUGAUACUUAAAAGUUAUGUUGAGCGGGAGGAUCUUCACAAAUGAACAGAACGUUUAUGAUAUUUCAAGUGUCAAGGAAAAAGCUAACGUAAGGCUAUAAAGGAACUCCACCACGAUCACAUGACUUCACGUCUCCUCCACUAAGCUAAAGGAGGACUAGUGUUCUAGUGAGGUCUUCAGCUUUUGUUAACCACAGAUAUCAGUUCGGACAUCUAACCAAAAACACACGAAGAGAACUCAUCAACUUUGAGCCGAGGGAACCAGAAGUGUUAAAUAUUGACUCACUUCCUCAUGUGGGACUCAUUCCUGCAGCUCUCUAUCAGCUCCACUUUGAUGUUCUCAGUCGAUGACAGAAAGCUGGUUUGAUUUAAGUAACUGUGUAAAUAAUCUGAAACAUUUUCACGUAAACUUGUGUCCUCAGUUACAAAACCAAAAAUGUGCUGCCUCAACAAUCUGCUUUUUUUACAGCUACUUUUUCUAUUUCUGUCUAGUUUUCAGCUCCUUUUAUUAUCAGUCAUUAUAUACGUUAUCACAGUGGGUUAUUUUGUUUAAGACAAAUAUUAAAUGUUUAAGUUAGUUUCAUCACAGUAAGUUAUUGUUUAGGGAUGCACUGAUAGAGAUAUCAAUCAUAGCAGGGCUGAUCUAUUUCAUUCAGUUCUAUGUUUAUAUUCUAUUUAUACAUUAUAUUCGGGAACUUUCAUUUCUUUGUAAGUUUUUCGUGAUUUGUUUCUGCGUUAAACAGGUUUACGCUUUUAAUUAAUUUAAAAAACAUUUUUUACCAAGUUGCUGUUGAACGAUUUAUUAUUUAAAUAAUAGAAAACAAAUCUGUGAAUUUAUAUCCAAUUAUUUAUUAAUUUAAAUAAGUAAGUUAUUUUGGUAAGAAAUUGUUUUGGUAAAGUUAAAUUAAGCAAAUGAAUUUGCACUUUUUAUCAUUUGGCAAUUUAACGAGAUAUAAAAUGAUACAAAAAUAGAAAAGAAUAAGUAGGAAAUGCUAUUUUUCUGUGUGAUGUGAUCAGACCCAGUUCUUGUUAAAAGCUGGAAUAAAAGAUGCUCCGAGUGAUAUAAAGCUAUGUAGAUCAUAUACAUUAAAAUAUGUAGUUCUCAUAGAUGUGUAUGAAUCGGACUGUUUAACCUGUUUGUAUUGUGGACAUUGUUUAUAUUUGUGAUUUGCACCAUAUUGAUGUCUUUAUUUUUUAAUAGUUUUUUAUAUUUGCACCUUUUCCUACUUUAUACUAAAACAGUUUCUCUCUGGAUAAAUAA